UGCUGAAAAGCCUGGGCUGCAGUGUUAUGGCGUUCCGGACUGAGGACUACACUUCCCAGCAGUGCCCAGAUACAGGGAAAAAAAUUCUCAGCUGAAAGUUGAGCACCCAGCGCAACCAGGAUUGUGGGUCUCCGAGGACUGAACCGCCCAGGUCCGGAUGACUACUAGUUUGUGGCGUGGUGGAGAGUAGUCCUUUGCUGGCCCUGCGCUCAGAGCCCUGCUCCUUUUGGAGAGAACUCUGGACAGUCGGUUUCCCGGCUUUUAACUACAGUUUUUAGAGAUCUCUGGGCAUCUCCAGGUUUGGGGCGAAGACUGUAGGAGACGGUUUAACUUCUGGGUCAUCCUGGUGGAGGACCACUCCGCCCUUUCCCAAGCUGUGGGCUACAUAUCUGAGAAGCCUUGCACCACCUGUUCUUAAUCCUCAGCAGCCACCUCGUGCUACCCAGACCUGUCGGGUCGCCAGAUCCUCGGAGGAUGCUCAGGUGUACUGGGUGAUCAGCACUGAGCUUCGCUAAGGCUUGGGCUGCGAGUCGGCAGAGAAGCCUGAGCCGGCCGGACCCUCGCUGGAUUUCCCUCUGGUGGACUACAUUUCCCUAUGGCUCCGCGGCAUAUCCAUAUACAGCCAGAGUGGGCUGGCCUGUGGUAAGUUUGAGAAAGCGCGUCACAAACUAGUUCACUGGUUAGUGGCGAAUUCGCUAAGACAGGAGUACAAGGCACCCGGAAUCCAGAACAGGAGGAAAGAAGAGCCGCUGUGCAUCAAAAGCCAUGGCAGAGGGCUUGAAGUUCGAAGAUGUGGCCAUUUUCUUCUCUCAAAAGGAGUGGGAAUGCUUGCACUCUACCCAAAAGGAUUUGUAUCGAGAUAUAAUGUUGGAAAAUUAUAACAACCUGAUCUCAUUGGGACUUUGCGAUUCUAAGCCAGAUGUGAUCUCCUUAUUGGAACACAGGAAAGAGCCCUGGAUUGUUAAAAGGAAGGAAGCAAAAGAAUGGUGCCCAGAUUGGGAGUCCAGAAGAGAAACCAAGAAUUUAUCUCCAAAGGAGGGUAGUUAUGAAAUUAAAUCAUUGCAACCAAAGAUAACAAAAAGACCUAUAAGUUCUAACCUUGUGUGCACUAGGGUCAAAGAUAAUAGUGAAAUCAAAUGCUACUUGGAGAAACAACGGGAUGGACAUUUCAAACCAGUGGUAAUGACCUCUGAAGAAAGGUCUACUUCUAUUCAGUGUACAGUCAAUAGAUUACCUCAGAUUAUUCAUACUGGAGUGAAAUGUGAAUGCAAGGAAUGUAAGGAAGCUUUCAGUUACAAAGCAUACCACCUCCAACAUGAACGCAGUCAUAAUAAGGAAAAGAGCUCUAAAUAUGGAGACUAUGAGAAAGCCUUUAAUAGUAGAUCAGACUUGAUUAAGCAUCAGAGAAUUCAUGAAAGAAAAAAAAGUAAUGAACAUGAGAAAUGUGCCUUUAUUCAGCACUCUGAAAUUACUAAACCUCAGAGCAUUAAUACUGGUGAGAAAACUCAUAAAUGUAAGGAAUGUGGGAAAGCCUUUCAUUCUAGCUCACAACUUACAAAACAUCAAAGGAUUCAUAUUGGUGAGAAACCCUAUAAAUGUAAGGAGUGUGAGAAGGCAUUUCCAUCUACCUCACAACUUAAUUUACAUCAGAGAAUUCAUACAGAUGAGAAAUACUAUGAAUGUAAGGAAUGUGGAAAAGCCUUCACCCGUCCCUCACACCUUUUUCGACAUCAGAGAAUCCAUACAGGUGAGAAACCCCAUAAAUGUAAGGAAUGUGGUAAAGCUUUUCGUUAUGAUACACAACUUAGUCUUCAUCAAAUAAGUCAUACUGGUGAAAGACACUAUGAAUGUAAAGAAUGUGGAAAGGCAUAUAGUUGUGCCUCACAGCUGAAUCUGCAUCAAAGAAUUCAUACUGGUGAGAAACCUCAUAAAUGUAAGGAGUGUGGGAAAGCUUUUAUCUCUGAUUCACAUCUUAUUCGACAUCAGAGUGUUCAUACUGGUGAGAAACCAUAUAAAUGUAAGGAAUGUGGGAAGUCCUUUCGCCGUGGCUCAGAACUGAUUCGACAUCAGAGAGCUCACAGUGGUGAGAAACCCUAUAAAUGUAAGGAAUGUGGAAUGGCCUUUACUUGUAGCACAGAACUUAUUCGACAUAGAAAAAUUCACACUGGUGAGAGACCCCAUAAAUGUAAGGAAUGUGAGAAGGCUUUUAUACGAAGGUCAGAACUUACUCAUCACCAGAGAAGUCAUACUGGUGAAAAACCAUAUGAGUGUAAGGAAUGUGGGAAGGCCUUUGGUCGUGCCUCAGAACUUUAUCGACACAAGAAAAUUCAUACUGGUGAGAAACCUUAUGAAUGUAAGCAAUGUGGAAAAGCCUUUAUUCGUGGCUCACACCUUAGUCAACAUCAAAAAAUUCAUGCAGCAUAGAGGAAUGAAUGAAGACAUGAGGGACAGUUCAGAAUUUAAUUGUAAUCUGAAGUUCAUACUAGUAAAACAGAAACAAACAAAAUCCCCUGUGAUUAUAAGGAAUGUGGGAAAGCAUUUGAGGAUAACAAUUUAAUAUCUGAGUUUGUACUGUAUAUAUAAAGUCUUUAUUUAAGGGCCAGAAUUUAUUGAGCAUUUGUUACUGAUGAGAAACCUUAUAAAUGUUAGGAAUUGGAAGCAUUAUUUGUGUUUUAAAAUUUAUUUGAUAUCAGUUCAAUUGGUGCAAAAGCAAAAACCUUCAUGAAUGUAAGGAAAGUGUGAAGGCAGCAAAUGUGUUAGAGACAUUAAUCAUUUAAACCUUUCUCAACAUCAGGGUCAUUAACCUUUAAGAGAAAUAAAAGGAUUUAUAAUAUAAUUGGCAUAUAUGUGGGACACCAAUUUGCUUUAACUAACAAGUUAUUUAUCUGAUAGUCAUACUUGAUGAAGGCUAUAUUAAUAUUAAAAUUGUAGAAAAUUAGUUUACCCUGCCCAAAUCUUGUUCAGAUUUGCAAACUUAUUUUCUAAAAUUAACUUGAACUAAAUCAGAGUGGGAAAAGAUUUAACCAAUAUUUAGUCUUUAUUUGCCUUCACCACUAUAACUCAUUUUUUAUAGGGCAAAUUACUUAACUAUGUCUAAAUUUUCUCAUUUACAAAUUGGUAAUAUUAGCACCAUAUUUUUAGUAGCAUUGUGAAAAUUAAGUAAUUACAUUAUGUCCUGUAGAACAGUGUCUGUAUUGUAUUGAAAGUCUGCUAGAUAAGAGCUGCCUUUAUUAAUAAGCGUUUUUAUUUUCAUUAGUGUGUAUUAUUAGAGAUU